AUUUCUUAGUUUUCUUGCAAUAAAAAAUUCACAACAUUAUUAGGAAUUUAUCUAGUUUCUAAACUUCGACACUAUAAAUCUAAAAUUUUCUAACAGAAUGUAAUAAAUACAUUAAUCCAACGCGUAUAACGCGAUGACACUAUUGCAUACAAUAAUCUAAUUUGAAUUAUGAUUUAUAACUAAGUAACUGUAUGGAUAUAAUACACUACAUAUUUAUCUAGCUCUAAUAUAAUAUAUUAUAUAUAUAAUAGUGUAGUGAGUAGGGAGCCAGAUCUGGCGUCAAGAAAAAUCAAUUCCGUAGGCGGUAGCCGAUAAGCGCAGUACAUUGAUGGAUUUAGCUUUAUUAAAUUAGUUACAAAUUAAAUUCUAGUUUAAAGAGUGGCUACUGUUUAAGAACAUCGAGUUACAACAUUUGCAAGAUAAACGAGGCUAAAUAAUGUCAAAUGUCUUGGAGAUUUUAAUUUUUGCCUCGGAGAAAGCGGCGCGCAUAGCUCGGUCUUGUGCCAGUAAUAACAACUCGAUUUUAAUAGCUGAGAAAAGCAAUGAUGCUAAUCCCCGAUUUGAUAAAGAUUUCAAAACUAUUGCUGAUGUAUUAGCCCAAGAAGCGGCCAAAUCAUUGAUAGUGUCAUAUAUACCCGAGCUUAAGGAUUAUGUACGGGGUGAAGAAUGCUCAGACAUAGGUGGUGUGACAAUUUCCUUGAAAGAAACCUUACAAGGAACAAUUGAUUUACUCAAAAUAAUUUUACCUGAAGAGACAGCUAAAUGUAUGGCUGAAGCAGCUCACAGUGAUAUAGAAAAUAUGGAAUGUGGAACUAUUCCCAAUCUAGGACCAAUUGACUAUUCAGAUUUAGGAGUCUGGAUUGAUCCAAUUGAUGGUACAGCAGAGUUUAUUGCUGGAGUCCGUGGAGAAGCUAAACCCGGUCAUGGUCUUCAGUGUGUCACAGUUCUUAUAGGGGCAUAUAAAAGAUCUACUGGAGAGCCUGUUGUUGGUGUAAUUAAUCAGCCAUUUUACAAUGGUGGCACAGGAAGGGUUAUUUGGGGCAUAAAUUAUGGUGACAUAAAAUUAUGUUCUCACGAAAAAAGUACUUCUUCACCAAGAAAAAUAAUUUUAAUGAGUAGUGCUGAAAACGAAAAUGUAAUAAACAAGUUUCAGGAUUUAGGUUGGGAAAUACAAUCUGUUCCAGGAGCAGGACAUAAGCUGCUCAAAGUUGCUUUAGGUGAAGCAACAGCAUACAUUGUUUCAAAAGGAACAACAUUCAGAUGGGAUACAUGUGGACCACAUAGCAUUUUAUCAUCAUUGGGAGGUGACAUAACAAACUUCACAGAUUUUUCUCUUGUAAAAUAUAAUGAUCCUGAUAAUUUGGAUACCCAAAUGUACUGCAAUAAGCAUGGAAUUAUAGCAUUUAUAAAUCAACAUGUAUUUGAAGAAAUACAACAAGUUUUAAAAGAAUUUGUCUAAUUGUAUUUAACAUUAUUUCUAAUUUUAGUAUAAACACAUUGUUUUUUUCCUGUUUUAAGGUAAAUUAUUUUUUUGCAACAAGCUUAGCAUUUUUUUAGCUUAGUAAUAUUUAAACGCAUUUUUCUCUGUAUGCGCAAUUCCUAAGUCAUAUACAUAUUAAGUGAAAGUCAGCUUGAUUAGCUUAGAAAUCCAGUUAUUUAUUAUUAAUUACUAAUUAUAUUUCUUAUUAUUAAAAAAA